AUUUGUGCCUGUAACUUCUCAUGCUGGGCUCUGUGACAUUGACAUUCUGAAGAAGACAUUCAACUGUUUUUCUCCACCAUUAUUUUGCUUCUCAUUUCAUCCCUGACUUCGGUAUUAAUUCACUGCAAUGGAUGAACAACGUUCUUUAGAAGAAAAUACUGCCUUCUCUUCUUUCGUGGAGGGCAAAAUAAAGUGGUGGUUUGAUCUCAUUGAUGUGGAUAACGAUGGUUAUAUCUCGAAGGACGACUUUCUUAUCAUCGCCAUCCGAUUUGUGAAGGAACACGGAAUGGAGGAGGAAAAGGCGGUGAUGCUGAAAAGACAACUUGUUAAAGCUUGGGAGAGAGCCCUGCUGAAACCACAAUUGUUCAGUGAAGAUGAUCAAAAUCCUGAGAUGAGGGAGGACGUACCGCUUAUCAUUAAAGUUGGGGAGGAGUUGGAGGCGGGCCAUCACAUCCCAAAGGACGAUUUCUCACGGGCCUUUGGUCAGCUGAUAAAUUACAAUUCCUUGCUGGCGAGGAAUAUUCUUGAAACGUUGGUCAAUGUCUUCUUCGACAUGUUCGACAAAGAUGACGACGGCUUUAUUUCUCCCCAAGAGCUAGAGGUGUUCAUGAGAUGCCUGGGAACAGACCAGGCUGAAAUGGCUCAGCUCGCCCUCUCCUGUCUUGACACUGACCGAGACGGAAAACUCAGCAGAGAGGAAUAUGUCGGCGGCUGGUGUGAAUUCCUCCUCUCUCAACAACUGGAUCACCAAUUUAUCACAGCUUUUGCACCUCAUUUUUCCUAACCUAAACAGACUUUCGUAACUUUCUUAUUUUAAAAAAGCCCCCCAAAAAAGGAAAAAAGAAAACUAACGCAGUAUCAUGCACACUUGAAAUGUCAACGAAACUCGCUGGUCACUUCUGUUAUAAAUGUAGCUGUAUGG